AGAGAUCGGUGAGGAAUCAUCUCUCCAAGACAAGUCUGUGCAAGAAUCUCUCCCCAAGACAAUGAAAGUCUGUCUUUAAGACACCCAGGGUGCUUCCGUUGCCUCGAGGGUCACCCUUAAGGCACAAGUAUGACCCGUGAGUGAGUCAGUGUAAGACCUAGGAUUGUGACCUAUCCUCACACCCACAUGUUGGGCGCUGCAGUAGCAGGCUUGCUCUGGGCGGUAGUGGACGUGGUGUGGAUUGCAGCUCGCUGGACAUUUCGUUUCUUCCUCCGGACGGUUUUCUGGGCAAAGGUCGUCGUCGGGGCCGUUGCCGGGAGGUCCAGAAUGUCAGGGUCAAAGAGUUUCCUGCACGACCUUGACAGCUCAAUCCAGCGUACGCUGUCUUCGCUGUACCCUCCGUACCACGCCACCGCGCCCGUGCUGCUCGGACAGGUGUGCCAGAUCGUGGAGAAGCGUUUCCGUGGCGAUGGCAUGACCUUUCUCAGCGACUGGCUCAUCCCAGCGAAACCAGUGCUACAGUGUGUGCAACAGGAGGCUAGGCUUUUACAUGCAGGUAAGUUGCUGAGACACGAGGGCUGGCCGCUGUGCCUUAAUGACAAGAUCGUGGUGCAUCUUCUCGAGCCACAAGACGAGCCGCUCAGACCAGGAGAGUUCCUGUUCUACAUCGUGCAGCCCUCACGUCGGACUGCAAGAUUGGCCAUCAAGUUCUGUAUCCGUGAGCGUGAGACAGAGAAGCUUCUGAUCGCAGAGGAGACGUACGAGAACCUGUUCUCGCUGGAAUGGCUCAACAGUGUCAACGCCGUGCUCACCGGACGCAAGCUGCGGAAGUGCGUGGUGACGGGCCGGUCGGGCGUUAGGAGGAUGGACUGGCGCCGUGUGGCCGAGCCGAGGGUCACUACCAUCGAGGAGGACAUCGAGACGCUAGCGGAACGUGCGAGCAACACGAGUCUGGUCAGCAAAACUAGCUCCAGCAGCGGCACAAGCAAUGGGAGUAACAUGAGCACAGGAAACGUGGAGAGUAUAGGAAAGUCGGAAAGCGACAUAAGUACUAACAGUGUUGGAGUUGCUGAUCAUGCAAACAGUGUUGGUGUCAUCGAGAAUGACUCAAGCUGCAAUGCCGGUUCAAACAUUGGUGCUACUACAACUGAGGAUAGUUUUUGUGAUGAAACGCGUUUGGACGGAGCUGUUGUUGAAAGUACAGAGUGCGAUGCAGACAAUGGAAAUGAUGUUUUUCAGAUGACAGAUUCUGCUUGUAUUAAUGUGAGCAAUGCAGGGACAACGGUUCUUGAUGAAGCGGGUUCAUGUGAGGACGCGAAUAGAGGGAUACAGAGUACUGGAGAAGAGGAAAUGAAGGAUAAGGAUAUCGAGAAUGGAGUGAGGGAAGAAGGGAAAGGAGUAGAGAGGAGAGAAAGUGAAGAAGAGAAGGUGACAGUGAAUGGAGAAGUGACGCCAGAUGACGCCACGCUCGAGAGGGAAGGUAAGGAAGCUCUUUUUCUCCUACCACUCAUGUUCAGCAUAUUUGAAUAG